UUAUCAUUCUUAAACUUGAUGGUGAAACAGCAAGGCAAGGCACAACUUCUAAUCGCUAUUGCCACGAGGAAUUUGUCAAAAGAACCGCACGUUUUGUUGAUAUUUGUCCUACAUAUUCUUAAUUUACAAAUUAAUAGUUAUUUAAUUUUUUGAAAUAACAAGACCGUUUUAGUUGUUUAUAUUUCUGGAUAAAUAUAAAUCAUGUCUGAAAAAUCGAAUUGCCAUGAUUCUAAGGAGAAGGAGGAUUUAAAGGAUGGGUUAUCUUGUGAAACUCUGUUUGCCCAAAGUGAAGGUUUAACUUAUAAUGACUUUCUCAUCCUCCCAGGGUAUAUUGAUUUCACCGCCGAAGAGGUGGAUAUCAGUUCUCCAUUGACGAAGUUAAUUAAGUUAAGGUCUCCUUUAGUGUCAUCGCCGAUGGACACUGUUACAGAAUCUGAUAUGGCAAUAGCCAUGGCUCUUUGUGGUGGAAUUGGAAUUCUUCAUAACAAUUGCACCCCGGAAUACCAAGCCAAUGAGGUGCAUAAAGUAAAAAAAUACAAACACGGUUUUAUUCGUGAUCCCUCAGUGAUGUCACCGGAGAAUACAGUUGAAGAUGUUCUAGAGGCACGUCGCAAAAACGGUUUCACUGGAUAUCCAAUAACAGCCAAUGGCAAAUUGGGUGGUAAAUUGCUUGGCAUUGUUACAUCUCGCGACAUCGAUUUUCGUGAAGAUCAACCCCAUUUAAAAUUGGGUACAAUAAUGACAACUGAUUUGAUAACUGCACCAAAUGGUAUAACUUUACAUACAGCCAAUGCCAUCUUAGAGAAAAGUAAAAAAGGCAAGCUGCCAAUUGUAAAUGAAAAUGGUGAAUUAGUUGCAUUGAUUGCUAGAACCGAUUUAAAGAAAGCGCGCAGCUAUCCAAACGCAUCGAAAGAUAGCAAUAAACAAUUGCUAGUUGGGGCGGCUAUUGGAACUAGGCCUGAGGAUAGGGAACGUUUGAAAUUGCUCGUUUCGAGUGGAGUCGAUGUGAUUGUACUUGAUUCUUCACAAGGAAAUUCAAUCUAUCAGAUAAAUAUGAUUAAAUAUAUAAAAGAAACCUACAAUGAUUUGCAAGUAAUUGCUGGAAAUGUUGUAACCAGAGCCCAAGCGAAAAAUCUUAUUGAAGCAGGUGCCGAUGGUUUGCGUGUCGGAAUGGGAAGCGGUUCGAUUUGUAUAACCCAAGAGGUAAUGGCCUGCGGUUGUCCACAAGCAACAGCCGUCUACCAAGUUUCUACAUAUGCCAAACAAUUUGGUGUUCCAGUCAUAGCUGAUGGUGGCAUUCAAUCAAUUGGUCAUAUAGUAAAAGCCAUUGCAUUAGGAGCAUCAGCUGUUAUGAUGGGAUCAUUACUAGCCGGUACUUCAGAAGCUCCAGGUGAAUAUUUCUUCUCUGAUGGUGUUCGUCUAAAGAAGUACCGCGGUAUGGGCAGUCUCGAGGCAAUGGAAAGACGAGAUGCUAAAGGUGCAGCAAUGUCACGGUAUUACCAUAAUGAAAUGGACAAAAUGAAAGUAGCUCAGGGUGUCAGUGGUAGUAUUGUUGAUAAGGGAUCUGUCUUACGUUAUAUCCCGUAUUUAGAAUGUGGUCUUCAACACAGUUGCCAAGAUAUUGGCGCACGAUCAAUUACUGAGUUAAGAAGCAUGAUUUACAGUGGUGAACUUCGUUUUAUGAAACGUACUCAUUCCGCCCAAAUUGAAGGCAAUGUCCAUGGAUUAUUCUCAUAUGAAAAAAGGCUUUUCUAGCAAAAAGUUAUAAGUGUUGUACCGUUGAAAAAUAGCAUUGAAGGUGAAUUAACUAAUGCAACAAGAAACUAUAAAAGGAUCAGUACAACCAAUAACGAAAACAAUAAACAAAGAAAACAAAUAACGAGACAAGCCAGCGAAAGAAGAUGCAACUAACACCCACUUGCCGACUGAUAGUUUCUUCCAAAAUUUACUUUUAAACUCAAAAGUAUUUAAUAAUGAAAACAAAAAAAAAAGUUAUGUAUUAUGACUCCAUGCAACUCAUUUAAUAAAACUAUUGAUUUUUUAGUUAA